AUGCCACCGAAAAAGAAAGAUGGUGCAGAGGAGCGCUUACCCCUAAUGGGUCGGAUAGGAACAAAUUUAAAGAUGGGUAUUCUUGGAGUUCCAAACGUCGGAAAAAGCACUUUUUUCAAUGUGCUAACGAAAAGUCAAGCACAAGCAGAAAAUUUCCCUUUUUGUACGAUUGAUCCUAACGAAAGUCGUGUACCUGUUAAUGAUAACCGUUUCGAUUGGUUGGUAGAGCAUUUCAAACCGCUCAGUAGAGUCCCGGCAUUUUUAAAUGUUGUUGAUAUUGCUGGUUUGGUGAGUGGCGCUUCCGAAGGAUUGGGUCUUGGCAAUGCUUUCCUAUCACACGUUGGUGCGUGCGAUGCGCUUUUUCAUCUCUGUCGUGCUUUUGAUGACGACAAUGUGACACAUGUGGAAGGUGAAGUUAAUCCAGUUCGGGAUCUUGAUAUAAUACAGAAAGAGCUUAUCAAGAAAGACCUACAGUAUCUGGAAGGCGUUAUAGAUAAAAUGGAGAAAAUUGUUGUAAGAGGUGGUGAUAAAAGCAGGAAGCUGGAGUAUGAAACACUACUGAAGGUGAAAAAACUAUUAGGUGAGGAUGGUCAACCUGUUCGUCUGAUGAUAUGGAAUGAAAAAGAAGUGGAAAUACUGAACCAUCACUUUCUGUUAACGGCUAAACCCAUUGUUUAUUUGAUCAAUCUUUCAGAUGCGGAUUACAUCAGGAAGAAGAAUAAGUGGCUACCAAAAAUUAAAACCUGGUUGGCUGAAAGUGACCCACACGCUGUUUGCAUUCCAUUUAGUGGUACAUUGGAGUUGAAGCUUAUGGAAAUGCCAGAAGAUGAGCGACUCACCUUUUUGAAAGAACAGAAUACAACAAGCGCACUGGAUAAAAUUGUGAAGAAUGGCUAUAAGGCGCUACAACUUGAAUACUUUUUCACCUGUGGCAAGGAUGAAGUAAAAGCGUGGACAAUCCAGAAAGGAACAAAAGCACCGCAAGCAGCUGGAAAGAUUCAUACGGAUUUUGAGAAAGGAUUUAUUAUGGCUGAAGUAUGUAAAGUGAGCGACUUGAUGGAGCUGGGCAGUGAAAAUGCUGUAAAGGCAGCGGGGAAGUAUCGUCAACAAGGAAGAAAUUAUAUCGUUGAAGAUGGUGAUAUAAUAUUGUUUAAAUUUAAUGCUGGUGCUGGACUUACGACUAAAAAGAAGUGA